AGAGAGAGAGAGAGAGAGAGUCCCUCUUCUCAUUCGUAGUAUCUUAAAUAUAAGGGGAGAGAGAGAGAGAGAGAGAGAGAGAGAGAGAGAGAGAGAGAGAGAUGGAAGGGAUCGAGCAUCGAAAGGUAUCGGUGAACGGCAUAAGCAUGCAUGUUGCCGAGAAAGGGGAGGGGCCCACGGUGCUGCUGAUCCACGGCUUCCCUGAGCUGUGGUACUCAUGGAGGCACCAGAUCCACGCUCUGGCGGCUCACGGCUACCGAGCCGUGGCUCCUGACAUGCGCGGCUACGGCGAGACCGACGCGCCAGCUUCUCCAGCCAGCUACACCAUCUUCCACGUGGUCGGAGAUCUUAUCGCCUUACUCGACGUCCUCGCUCAAGAUCAGGUGUAUGUAGUGGGCCAGGACUGGGGCGCGAUCGUUGCUUGGUACUUAUGCCUGUUCCGACCGGACCGAGUGAAGGCCCUGGUCAACCUCAGUGUGAAUUUCUUACCUCGCAUCCCAUCAAAAAAACCAAUUGAGAUGAUUCGGGAGUUCUUGGGAGAUGACCAUUACAUUUGCAGAUUCCAGGAACCAGGAGCAACAGAAGCUGAUUUCGCCAGCAUGGACACCGCAAAGCUACUCACAAUGCUUAUAGCAAACCGCAAUCCCCAUCCACUUAAGAUACCGAAAGAUGGGCUCCGAAGCUUGCCGGAUUUGGGAUUACCAUUGCCAUCUUGGCUGUCGAAAGAGGACAUUGACUAUUAUGCGCACCAAUUCGACAAGACGGGCUUUACCGGAGGAUUGAACUACUACCGCGCGCUAGACUUAAGUUGGGAGUUGUUGGCUCCAUGGACAGGGGCGCAGGUGACUGUGCCGGUUAAGUUCAUUAUUGGAAGUUUGGACCUAACUUACAACACACCCGGUUGCAAAGACUAUAUACAUGGCGGCGGGUUUAAGAAAGACGUGCCUUCUCUACAGGAAGUGGUUGUGAUGGAUGAAGUGGGCCACUUCAUCAACCAGGAGAGGCCCAACGAUAUCAACGCUUAUAUUUUCGACUUCUUCGAAAAGUACUGAUCAGCUUUGCCAUUGAUGGGCCAUCCCAUCUUCAAAUCCCAACCUAUAUAAAAUAAGCCUUGUAUCAGACUCCUAAAAUAUGUUUUUUUAAGGUGGACCCUACUUGCUAUA